AUUUGACGAAGCAAAAGUCGACAUGGAUGCUUUCCAGCAGCAACAGCAGAUGCAAGAACACCAGCGACGGCGGCAGGUCGCGGCGGCGGCGGUCCAAAUGAACAACGGAACGUUUGCUGCUUCUAACAUGGCGAUGUUUGCACAGCCGGCUCCCUCCAUGCAGCUUCCGCCAUCUCGCAUGGCGUACCAUCCUCAUCCCAUGCACCUCCAACCACCGUCCAUGAUGUACUCCGACGAUUCGUCGUACAUCCCUGCUUCCCACAUGCCGAUGGUACCUCCAGAUGGAUCGUCGUACUUUGCACAACAACCAACACAGUCUUCCUUCGACGCGACCGACCCACCGUCUGGCAAGCAACUGGCGGCAUCGGCCGUCCAGGGUCGGUGGAAGCCCCCAUCAUCCUCGUCCUCCCAACUCCACUACCCCAAUAGCAAGUUUACAUCCGUCGCACACCCUUCUUCGGACAUGACAGCAGACGCGUUUGCCGACGGCACCCACGGCCUUGUGCUCGACAAAGCCGUGCUGUCCAAGCUCCUUGUCCGCGACGAAAGCGAGAUCAGCGACGAACAGAUUCGAAGCAUCAUGCACAACAAGGAACUGCUCACAAUCUACAAAAAGCUGCAGGAAGAGGAGACGAAGCGCCAGAAGCGCCUCGACAACAACCGAAAGACUGCGCAAAUGCGGCGGAAAAAGAAGAAGGGGCUCGUCGAAACCUACGAGACGCAGGUGUCGGAGCUGGAAACGAUCUUGGCCAAGAUCCAUGCCCAUCGAUUUGGACAAGGCGACGUCCAAACCCUCGUGGACGCGCUCAGCGGGGAACAACGCCAAAGCGUUAACAUGACCAAGGACACGAAACACCAGCAGACGUCGGUGCUAUUGAAGCAGCAUUCUCGGAACGCUUGUGCGGUAGGUACCGUGGUGGUUUUCGGUGGUGGUGAUGCGGGGAAUCGGGCGAUGGCAACCAACAUGGAGGGAUAGAUUCGCCAAGCGAACGAAGAUAGCUGGAUGCUAGCCCUGGCGGCGGCAAACGACUGCUCGUUUGCCGACUUGAAGCAAGUGCUGGGACUCACGGAAGCGCAGUGCGUGCGACUCGCGCAACUGCAACCUGCGAUCCACAACGAGUCGACGCGCCUUGCGAUCGUCGAAAAGUGCUUUGCCGCGCUGCAUGUACACGAAUGGCUACAUUUCCCCAACACAGAGAAUUUGGUGGACCUGUUCCGCAUGCCGUUGAGUGACGCCCAGCUCCAAAAGUUUGUCCAGUGGACACGCGUGAACCAAGGUGUGAUACAACAGCUCAAGUUUGCAUCGGCGGCGUCCACCGGCGGCGGCAAUGACAAGGACCUCGUGUUUGAAUUUCCGACCGAAUUGUAACGUUAAAGUGGUGGAGCAUGUCCACAGUAUAACACAAAUACAGUAUACUAUAUUGAAAUCAAGCUUGAUUUCCCUCGCC